GAAUAAUUUUUUUAAAUCUAGUGUAUUUUCAACAUAACGUAUUUUUAAGUAUCUUAUUUUGCGUUUUUGUUUUUGUUUUAAUUUGCGUUUUCGUUUAAUUUUGCGUUUUUUUAUACAGUAUUCUUAUGGUCUAAAAACUUGUUGGAAAUGAAAAUAUUUUUUCUGAUAAGCAGCAAAAUUAAUCCCUAACUGUAGAUUCUAGAUACCAUUUUUAUAGUGUUUUUUUUUAACACGAUGUUUGUCUUCGUAAUGGCUCGCAAAUCGAAUACCGUGCGUUAAACGUCAAAGUAAAGGUCAAACCUCUUAUUCCCUACCAUAUACAAUGUAAAAAAAAAAAUUUGGUAUCUAACACUUCUGUAAAGCAUGUCACCGAACAAUCUGUUUAAAAUACUUUCUAACGUACAGUUUCAGUUUGUGAGUAUAUACCUUUAAAGGUCGCUUCCAGUAGAGGGCAGCUCUCAACGUUUAGCAUCCGGGCAUGUUUAUUACAUCUUUUCGUCUGCAACGCCUAUGUAUCUGCAUCUUUGGUAGUUGAGACGAAUCAUAGAUUAAGCGUAAUGUCCGCUUACUUUGAAACAAUAGAGCUGUAACCUAAAACGCUUUCGUGUGAAGCGGCCUUUAGAUGUAACUAAAUUGCAGCUGUUAAUUAUAGACUUUACACGAUCAUAUGAAAAGUAUAAUACGUGUAGCUGUCUCGCAAGUUCGAGCUAUGUCUCAUCGAAAAGUUUGGGCUGCUGUAUGUCAAAUGAACGCAACGAACGAUAGAGACAAGAACGCAACUAUUUGCUAUGACUUGAUAAGUCAAGCAGCCAAAGGCGGUGCGCGUAUGGUGUUUUUACCAGAAUGUUUUGAUUAUGUUGGGAGUAACAAAGACGAGUCUGUUAAAAUGGCUGAAAAAUUAGAUGGACCAACUAUCGAAAGGUUUAAAAACAUUGCGUCGAAACACCAAGUGUGGCUGUCCUUGGGUGGUUUCCACGAGAAGUGCGAUACUGAAGAGAAAAUUUAUAUUUCUCAUGUAGUUUUGAACGCCAAAGGUGAAGUAGUGUGUGUGUACCGGAAAACGCAUUUAUUUGAUGUUAACACAGGCGAGAAUUCUUUACUGGAAAGUUCAUACACGAAGAAAGGGUGCACAAUUCUCCCCCCUGUAGACACGCCCAUUGGUAAAAUCGGAUUGCAAAUAUGUUAUGAUUUACGAUUUCCAGAACUUUCCCUUGUCCAAAGACAUCAAGGAGCAGAUAUACUAACAUACCCAUCCGCUUUUACGGUACCGACAGGAAUGGCGCAUUGGCAUUUGUUGCUACGCGCACGCGCAGUUGAAAAUCAGUGCUACGUCAUCGCGGCUGCGCAAACAGGGAAACAUAAUUCGAAAAGAGAGAGCUAUGGUCAUGCGUUGAUUGUUGAUCCAUGGGGAACAGUCGUGUGUGAAUGCAGUGAAGGAAACACAUUUGCAAUGACGGAAAUUGAUUUAGAUUUACUUGAGAAAGUGAGGACAAGGAUGCCAGUGUCACAACAUCGACGUUACGACUUGUAUAACAAACGUUUUAUGUACAUGUGACAUGAUUUUCGCUUUAAGAGUCUUAAGCUUAACAUAGACGAUUCAAUGCUACCAAGUUACAGAGUCUGAUACCUAUGUUAAGUGCUAAAUUCCCAUGGGAUUGGAUUUUCGCUAAUUGUGUGAAAUAUGAGAAUCGCCUAAGCCUUUUUUUUAUAAUAAAGAUUUAACUGUUUCUUUCAAAAAUGCUUUAGUUUUGUCGAUUGUAUCUCGCAAAAGCAAAGCUUUAAAGUAACUUUCUGCGAAAAGUUAAUAUGUGAAGAAAAUUUGUGUUUGUUGACGGUCAUAUGGGUGGCUUAAUAACUGUAGCGCCAACUUAGCUAUGUUUUUUGUGUUUCUGCAAGUUUUCUAUAUAUAAGCUAUCAUAAUUAUUUUUUCA